AUGUCCCAGGUUGACCAAAGCCAAGAUUUAUUUGAGGUGGUUAUGCAGAUUAAAAGGGUAAGCGGCAAAGAGUUCCUGGGCUCGUUUUUCACUAUUGCUUCCAGUAUGUGGCUGAGUAGAAAUAAAAAACUUUAUGAAGGCAAGAGUUUAAACAUGAGCUCUACCAUAGAACAUGCUAUUUCGAUGCUACAUUUGUUUAAAGGAGUCAAAACUCAAUCGGGCUCUGCUUUGAAUAGCUUUUGUGCUUGGAAAGCUCCUCCGACAAAUUUUUUGAAACUGAAUGUAUAUUGUGCGACUUUUCAUCACCUUCACAAAGCGAGGAUUGGUGUUGUUCUAAGGGGCCAAGCAGGAAAGGUGUUAAUGGCUGCCUCAAAAAGAGAACGGGAAGUGGCUGAUCCAGAAAUUGUAGAGUUUCUUGCUGUACUUCGAGGGCUUCAGCUUAUUAUGCCGAUGGGAAUAUAUCAUUUAGUCAUUGAAUCAGAUUGCCUCUUAGUUGUUUCACAGCUCAAUGACGCCGAAUCUAUUACCAUGUGA